CGGAGAUUGGAGUGAGGAAGUGGAGACUACUGACUUUCGUUUCCCUCGAUAGACUUAUUUAUAUACGCAUUUUUACAGUGGAAAGAGGAACUAACAGCUGCAGAAACUAGAAGGUUCACAGGGACACAGUUGCACUGUGUGGUUCUGUCACCCAGGUAGACAAACUUUUCAUGUCCGUGAGGAGCCCCGCGCGAGAAACAUGAUGGAGGCAGCUCAUCAAGAAGAUGUGGUAGGGGAUGUUGAUCGAUUUGUCGCACCUCCCAAUGGCGGCAUAAAUGAACUGCUGGAUGUGGGGCAAGAAGACAACACACAGGGCCAGAUGGAGGAGUUUCUGAGCCCACAGGCAGAGUACAACGAGGAGGAGGAGGAGAGGAAAUACUACAGGAGGAAGAGGCUGGGAGUCAUCAAGAAUGUUCUUGCAGCCAGUCUUGGAGCCAUGAUUGUGUACAGUGUGUACCUGGGCCUACUGCAGAUGCAGCUGAUCCUCCAUUAUGAUAUGACCUACCGUGAGGUGAAGUACAGCAACCUUGGCCUGGAGGACAUAGACCGCAAGAUGCUGAUGGGCAUCAAUGUCACACCCAUCAUAGGCCUGCUGUACACCCCCGUACUUAUCAGGUUUCUAGGUACUAAGUGGAUGAUGUUCCUGGCUUCAGGAAUCUAUGCACUCUUUGUGUCAACCAAUUACUGGGAGAGGUACUACACCUUGGUUCCAUCAGCUGUAGCCAUCGGUGUGGCCAUUGUGCCGCUCUGGGCCUCGUUGGGAAAUUACAUCACAAGGAUGGCUCAGCAGUACUAUGAGUAUGUAAACUACAAGGAAGAGCAUGUGCAGGAGCAGAAGAAGCUUCCUAAGGGAGCAUGCCACAGCUACAUCAUUGUCUUCCAGUCAGUCUUCUUCAUCAUAUUCCAUCUGAGUUUUGUCUUUGCGGAGUUCCCCAUGCGUUUUGUCCUCAACAGCCACCUGCAAGAAGAAAAGCACAUUCUCCAUAAUGUCAAGGGCUGUGGAGCAAACAUCAGUGGAGUGAUCCCUGGCUUCAACACCACCGUGCUCACCAAUCUUCCUCGCUCCAUGCUGCUCAUCCAGGUGGAGAGUGUUCUCAUGGGGUUCGCCUUCCUCGCCAUGAUCAUCUUCCUUGUGCUGUGUGGUGCUGCCUACCGCCCGACAGAAGAGAUUGACCUUCGCAGUAUCGGCUGGGGAAACAUCUUCCAGCUGCCUUUUAAACACCUGAGAGACUACCGUCUACGAUUGCUCUGCCCCUUCUUCAUCUACAGCGGCUUUGAAGUGCUGUUUGCUGUCACAGGAUUCUCCCUGUCCUACGGAGUCUGUGUUUUGGGCCUGAAAAAACUGUGGCUUCUCAUAGUCGUCUAUGGCCUCUCCUGCUCCAUCUUUUCCUCCCUCUCCCUUUGCCUCCUACGCCUCCAGCGCUGGGUGUGUCUGGCGGGGGGUGCUACUGUGCAUGGGGUGCUGCUGGUGGCUCUCCUGGCAUUGUCUCUACCUGCUAACAAGCCAGAUGUGUAUGAGGGCCCUCUGCUGGUAAUCUCUGUGCUGUGGGGACUUGGCACAGCCCUGAACAAGACAGGAGUCAGCACUCUGCUCGGUAUGCUGUAUGCUGAGGAAAAAGAACGUCUGGACUUUGUCUAUACCAUCUAUCACUGGUGGCAAGCCAUCGCCAUCUUCAUAGUCUACCUGUGGUCCAACCUGCCUAUGAGGGCCAAACUCUCCAUCCUUUUGGCCACUUUGUUGCUGGCCUGCUACUGUUACUUGGUGAUGGAGCGUCGGCUGUCCAUGAAAGUGCCUUACAGACUGCCUCGCAUCCCACGGCCACGGCACAAGGUCAAAGGCUACCGCUACCUGGAAGAGGACAACUCAGAUGAGUCAGACUCAGAGAGAAGUGAGGAGGAUGACAAGGAAGAGAGGGAGGACGGAGAGCAUGUGCCGGAGGAGAUGGGAGCAGAGGACAGGGAGGAAGGAGGCCAAGACGCAGGGGUCCAGGGAGCUGACUCACCGGUAGCCAGGAGGAGAGGGGCUGAGGGUCACCACCGUAGAUGGGAGAACCCUCAUGUGAAGGAGGGAAUGAGGGAAGAGCGUGAGGGAGGGUGAGAGAGGAGAGAGAGAGAAGGAGCAAUGAGGGGAGAUAGUGGACAAAAGUCGACUCAUCUUUUUAAUCAGGCUUUUAACUGAUCUCUUUGUUUAUCUAUUUUAAAUUCCUCUUAUAACCGAUUUAUCCAUCUAUUAUCUAUUUUUUAUUUAUUUUUAUAUUCUUACCAUUCCUCUUUUUACGUUCUUAUCUCAUUUAACCUUUAUCUUUUGUUAUUUUAGUUAGCCUAUAGGUUUUAGUUUUGAUGCAUUUUGUGUCUCUGUUUUAGAUCAUUCUUACCUAGCUACUAACUCAAUUUUAUGAGCUAAAUAGCUUUUUGUUGGGUGGGAGGGUUUUCUCUUUUCUUUUUGUUUUCUGUUUGGAUCUUUGCUGUUUUUCACCUCUGUGAGGCACUUUGUGUUACUGUUGUAUGAAAAGUGCCAUAUAAAUAAAGUUGAUUUGAUUUGAUUUGAUUUGACGGAUGACGGAUAAACAGAAGAUGUCCUGGA